CACGUGUGCGCAGGCUGAACUGAAUGUACAAAACUUUUACUGUAACAGUUAAAUUUGUGCCGAGGAUUCUGUGUAGAUGUAAGACAGGCCUAUCUUUUUCGGAUCUAUCUGUGCACACUUUAGCUAUGGACGCGGCUCACCUUUUCUCCUUGGCUGACAGCGACGCCUUCGGCUUUGACCUGGACCACACACUGGCAAAGUUCAAUCUUGUCGAAAAUUUCAGACUAACAUACUCAUGUGUUGCUGAGUAUUUGAUAUCAGAGCGGGGAUACAGUUCAGAACUGAGGCAAGACCUGAACAUUCACAAGGAUUUCUGUACAAAAGGCCUAGUUCUGGAUACACCAAAGGGAAAUAUUCUAAAACUUGCAUAUGAUGGAACAGUUCUCAGGGCCAGUCAUGGUACUCGUAUGAUGCAAAGGUCAGAGGUUUUGGAGUUGUAUGGAGAUACUAAAGUCUGGGAGCACUUCAGCUAUCUAAGGGAUAACUUCAACAGUGAUGGCAAUAAUUUCAGGAUUUUUGAAAACUACUUUGAUAUGCCAGGAAUUGUCAUAUCUGCCCGAAUUGUAGACAUAAUUGACAAAAAGGCAGGUAAACCUCAGGAGAAGUAUACAUUUUGGGAGGAUGUAAUUUCAGGUUUUAUUAAUGCUUAUCGCUAUCAAAGUUUUUCAGAAAACUCUGGAGGGUAUUUUCCUGAGUUGAAGAAGUCACCUGAGCUAUAUUACAGGAAGUGUAGUGCCAAAGCUAAAAAUUGGCUGAAGUCUUUGCGGGAGCAGAAGAAGUUUGUUUUCCUCAUGACCUCAUCAUUUGUGGACUUUGCCACUCAUACUCUGGAAUUUGUAUUAGGGGAAGACUGGAAGUCCUAUUUUGACCUUUGUGUUUUCUAUGCCCGAAAGCCAUCUUUUUUUGAAGACAAACGUCCGUUCUUGAGGCUUGAUGGCAACCUGGAAAAGGAGCCACUUACAGAUCUGCAACUUCAUGGCCACUACUCUCAGGGAAAUGCUGAAGAACUCAGUAAAUUCAUUGGAAAAGUAACAGGAAAGUCAGAUCCAAAGAUUGUGUAUUUUGGAGACAGUGUGCGUUCUGAUGUGUUCCCAACCAAGUCGAAGGUAAACUGGAAUGUGGUACUGAUUAUAGAAGAGAUGGAGGCAGAAGGCUAUACGCUACAUGACGUUAAUGUAAGCCGAGAUGCUGACAAUGACGGAGAAGAGCCCAGACAUAAACGACGAAGGCAUGAGGAUGUGUGUCUGUCUACUCUUGAUCCCCUGGAGAAGGAUUACCUUCUGUCGAAAGAGUGGGGGUCAUUUUUCACGGAUAAGGCAAACCCACGCCUGGACCCCGACAAUCACAAAGGGCCCCACCGUCACAUGAACACCUUCUGGGGCUGGGCAAUUAGCCAGUACAGUGACAUUGCCAUCCCCAACAUCGAAUACAUCACAGAGUUGCCUUUAGAUCACAAGUUUUGGAGUUUUGGGCCUGGAUCCAGAUCUCAAGACAUGCUGGGCUUUCAUCCAGGCGUGCCACUGUCUCUGCAGAAGUAUGAACAGGAAAACGAUGGUUGUGUCACGAAGAUUUGAAUCAUUUAUACUUCAGAGAAGUUUUAAUGUUUUAUGCAGGUCAUGAAUCUUUUAUCACCGAUAGUGUUUAAUUGUGUAAGUAAUGAGCCAACAUGUGUAUUUGUAUGAAUAUGAGCUGAAUGAAUAUAUAUAUUUGUGUGAAUGUAAAUUUUAAUAGAGAGGGGGUUAGCACGGCGCAGUGACCCAGGGACCCUCCACCAAUGCAGCCGUUAUGAGCUCAAGUUCGUCUUAUGCUGUCUUCCUUUCCAGCUGUCUAUGGAAAGGCCUGACAGCAACCUGUAGAUGGUCUUGCGUUUUCCCCAGGGGGCCCACCAGGUUUCCUCCCACCAUAAUGCUGGUCGUCGUCGUAUAAGUGAAAUAUUCUGGAGUACAGUAUAUAACACCUAUCAAGUAAAUAAAUAAAUAAAUAAAUUUAAUUGGAAAAACAAUGUGUGUUUGGACAGCCUCAAGAUAUCUCCAUUGCUAUGGCCAAACAAAGGUCAAUUGUCAUACGGUGUUGAGUUUUUUCUUUAACCAAUAAUCAGAUCAGAUCAGAUCAGAUCGCGCUCAGUUCAGUUCAAAAGAGAUUGUUAAAGUAUCGGGUAUAAUGAUGACGAAUAUUGUCAGUGCCACUAAUCCUGUGGUAAACAGUAGACAUGGGUAUGUAUGCUGAGCCUGUUGUUAUUUACUACAUUCAGUUACAGUGUACUUGUUAUUUAGUACAUUCUAGUUAGUGAGUUAUUAUUGCCUGUAAACAUAGAAUAGGGAGAUGCCGACAGUUAAUGUUUGAGUUGUGUACUUGUCUCUCAGCACUCAUUCUUCUAAUUUUUGGGACAGAUGUUAGAAGUGUUGAAAGUUGAAUAUUGUGUUUCUUUACCAGCCUUUUGAAAAUGUAAACAUUUGAGUAUGUUGUUCAUU